UCUCUCUCUCUUGCCUCUCCUCAUUUCUCUCUCCCUCGUCUCUCCCGUCUCUUCCAGUUCAAGGCGUGGUAUAUGCCUUUCAUUACUUUUCUCUCUUUCUCUCUCUCUCUCCUCAUUUCUCUCUAAAAACCGGUAAAAGAACAAGUCCUCAAGCACACCAUCAAUUGCACUGUCUGCCCAUGUUUCCUUCUCCUCCACAUUCUCUCGCAGUUAACAGAUAGAAUUAGACAGAGAGAGAGAGAGAGAGAGAAAAAAAAAAAACAAAACAAACAACUGAUACUCUGCUCAAGAAAUGUCUACUCUCUCCGUCUCUGUUCUUUCACAUGCCCUCGUUUGAUUAAUCUCUCUUGCAGCUUUUGACCCUUCCGCAGCAGACAGCCAGACACUAAAGCGAGAUUAGCCCCAAGGCUUCUCCUGUUUGUUUYCCCGUCCUCUCUCUCCCUAUUUUUCUCGUUUCUUUUUUAUUAUCUUUUCUCUCUAUAAAUCUUCUGAGGAUGGAUAGGUGGCAUAAGUCGCUAAGAGAAGACAGAUUUUGUCAAGAAAGGAAAAUCCCAUCUUUUUCUUCCACUCUCCUUGACGCGAUUUACCGUUCCAUAGACGAAGACGAAGGGGGAGAAGAAGAACUGGUUUUCAAUAGAGAAGCCAUGAGGAAGAAACAGAGCAUCGCAACAGACAGCAACGUUAGAGGAAGCAGUUUCUUACAAGAAGAUAGGGCGAGUCUUCGACGAGCCUGUAUGAUCGAGAAAUGGAUGGAGAAGAAGGUGACCGAGAAGGUCGUUUUCAGGCGGAAGUCUACCCCGGAUUUGGACCCGAAGCUACCGAAUGAUCGAAAGUCUGUGCUCCUCAAUUCGACUUCAUGCUCUUCCGAUUCUAGCUCCGCAGGUGGGUUUUCUUCCUCGGAAGCGGAGUCUGUCUACGGAGCAAGAUCGAGGUCAUCGGGUUUCACGGCGCAGAGGCCGAAACCGGUUCGAACUUGUAUUCCGGCUUGGUCGGAGAAACCUCUGCAGUACUACGGUCAUCAAGAGCAGAGAAAAUUGCAUGCUUUUGAUGAAGCUAAUCUUCGUCAUCACCAAGAGAGAGAUUCUCUUCCACAGCAAAAGCCUUCAAAGAACGAAGGUGGUCGUUUCAUCAGGACCAAAUCGAGAGCAUUAAAGAUCUACGGUGAUCUAAAGAAGGUGAAGCAACCAAUCUCGCCGGGGGGACGGCUUGCCGCGUUUCUCAAUUCUCUGUUCACCGCAGGCAAUGCGAAGAAGGCAAAAAUCUCAUCUUCGGCUUGUGGUGGUGGUAUGGAAGAUACGUGUUCGGAGAGGAUUUCGAAAUCGGCACAGGCGUCGACAUGUUCGUCGGCGUCGUCAUUCUCGAGAUCGUGUUUAAGCAAAACCCCAUCUUCGGGUGGGAAAUUGAGCAAUGGCAUGAAGAGGUCGGUUCGAUUCUACCCAGUUAGCGUGAUCGUGGACGAGGACUGUCGGCCAUGUGGGCACAAAUGUCUCUACGAAGACGAUCCGGGCCUGAUCGUGAGACAAAUGGCGGAGCCCCGUUUGAUGAAUGAGGAUCUCAAAUUCCACUUGAUGGAGAAGAACAGGCGAGUCGAACAAGCAGCACGAGAUAUUCUCAGUAGCUACCAGCAGAAGAAGAGCGGUUUCGACAUUAGAGACGCUGAAAUCGAUGUUUGUGACGAAGAAGACGAUGAGGGAGAUGACGCGGCGAGCUAUUCAAGUUCUGAUCUUUUCGAGCUCGAUAACUUAGCAGUAAUUGGUAUAGAUAGGUAUAGAGAAGAGCUGCCAGUGUAUGAAACAACCCAUCUCGGUACCAAUCGCGCCAUCGCUAGUGGCUUGAUUCUGUAGUUGUUCAACAGUAUGUAUUAUAAGAAAGAUGAAAGAAAUAUUGUCAUCCUUUAUGAAUUUUAAUGGWUUGGGGGUUUAUUUUACACCAUCAGAGAAUAAUUAAGUGCUUACUUUUCUUUGGUUUUUGUAUGAGCCUUUCUUCUGUUUUGGGUUAUUCUUUAAUUUAAUUAGCGUAUAAUCAACGUUAAUAAAACAGAAACAGGGGCCAAGGGCCUCCUUGGUUCUUUCCUUGAAAGAAGGAAGGAUACAGUAGUCAAUAUGUUGAUGAGAAGCGAGAGAAGGGGGACGCUGGGUGCUGCUUAUAAGAAAAGAAAAGCAGAGUAGUAGCAGAGCAGAGCAGAGAAGAGCAGAAUGGAAGAGAAAACUAGAAAAGUGAAGAGGAAGCAAUAUAGAUUCAAGAUGCUGUUCACACGCAAAAUGGGGAAAAGGUUUGGGCGGAAGAAGACGAAUUAAGGCAGGACAGAUCUCUAUCUCGAUAGCGAGUAAUGAAGCUUUUGCUUUCUCUGCGGCUGCGGGACCCUCACCCAACUUCCUUCGCUGUCUGUAGCCACGGAGUUGGGAUGGCAUUGGCGUCAGAGAGAGAGAGAGAGAAAUGAAUAGUAUCUUACAGUUACACACAUUCCUUAUUUUAUUCAAGGAGAUCAUGUAGGAUUAAGCCUGUUUCUCAUUCGUCUUAUUUCGUCGGUCAAAAAGAAAUUCCUGGGUAUCUC